AUGAACGAACUGGAUUCUCUCAGGCAAGAAGCUGAAACUCUUAAAAAUGCAAUUCGAGAUGCCAGGAAGGCGGCCUGCGACACGUCGCUGGUGCAGGCGACGGCCAGUCUGGAACCGAUCGGGCGGGUGCAGAUGCGCACCAGGCGCACCCUGCGCGGCCACCUCGCCAAGAUUUACGCCAUGCACUGGGGCUCCGAUUCCAGGAACCUCGUCUCCGCCUCGCAGGACGGCAAGCUCAUCGUCUGGGACAGUCACACCACCAACAAGGUUCACGCCAUUCCUCUCAGGUCUUCUUGGGUGAUGACGUGCGCAUACGCGCCCUCGGGCUCCUUCGUGGCCUGCGGGGGCCUCGACAACAUUUGCUCCAUCUACAGCCUAAAGACACGCGAGGGCAAUGUCAGGGUGAGCAGGGAGCUGCCCGGUCACACGGGCUACCUGUCCUGCUGUCGCUUCCUCGACGACAACCAAAUAGUGACGAGCUCGGGCGACAUGAGCUGCGCGUUGUGGGACAUCGAGACCGGCCAGCAGACGACGUCCUUUCUGGGCCACACCGGUGACGUCAUGUCCCUGUCGCUGGCGCCGGACAUGCGCACUUUCGUCUCAGGGGCGUGCGACGCGUCCGCGAAACUGUGGGACAUCCGCGACGGUCUCUGCAAGCAGACCUUCCCCGGCCACGAGUCCGACAUCAACGCCGUCACCUUUUUCCCGAACGGGUGCGCCUUCGCGACGGGCAGCGACGACGCCACGUGCCGCCUGUUCGACAUCCGCGCCGACCAGGAGCUGGCCAUGUACAGUCACGACAACAUCAUUUGCGGCAUCACGAGCGUGGCGUUCAGCAAGUCGGGCCGGCUGCUGUUGGCCGGCUACGACGACUUCAAUUGCAACGUGUGGGACUCGAUGAAAACGGAGAGGGCCGGUAUUUUGGCAGGUCACGACAACAGGGUGAGUUGUCUGGGUGUGACCGAGAACGGAAUGGCGGUGGGCACAGGAUCCUGGGACAGUUUCCUACGCAUUUGGAAUUAAGAUAG